AGUUUUUCAUUUUAGAGAAUCAAAGAUUCAGGUUUUUUAUAUAAUAAUAUUCAUAUAUAGCUUUGGGAAUCAGCAGGCUGCAACAGGAGAGGGUGUUGGGAGGAGAUGGAGAUGGCGGUGGCUGAACUGGUGGAGGGGAAAAAGGAGGCGGUUUCUCCGACGUAUUGCGUCACCGGCGCAACCGGGUAUAUAGGGUCGUGGUUAGUGAAGGCUCUGCUUGAAAGAGGCUACAUGGUCCAUGCCACCGCCCGGGAUCCAGGAAAGGCCCAGUAUCUGUUGUCACUGUGGACCGGUGGUGACCGCUUGAGAUUGUUCAGAGCUGACAUGCAAGAGAAAGGGAGCUUUGAUGAUGCUGUUAGGGGCUGCGAUGGUGUAUUUCAUGUUGCAGCUUCAAUGGAGUUUGAUGUCCCUGCAGAUGGGAAUGUUGAGGCUUAUGUUCAAUCAAAUAUUAUUGAACCUGCAAUCAAAGGAACCAAAAACCUCCUUAAGUCUUGCUUGAAAUCUAAAACUGUGAAGAGGGUUGUGUUCACUUCCUCCAUCAGUACUCUCACUUCCAAAGACAACAGUGGAAAAUGGAGACCAAUUGUUGAUGAGUCUUGCCAGACUCCGGUUGAUCAUGUGUGGAAUACAAAACCGAGAGGAUGGGUUUAUGUUCUCUCCAAGCUUUUAACAGAGGAAGCAGCAUUCAAGUUUGCAAAGGACAGUGGCAUUGAUCUUGUUUCAGCGAUCACACCAACCGUUGCAGGCCCUUUCAUCACAUCAAGUGUUCCAACAAGUAUUCAAGUGCUCAUGUCACCUAUCACAGGGAGCCCCAAGUUCUACUCAAUACUAUGUGCAGUGAACGCUAGAAUGGGGUCAAUUGCUUUAGCUCACAUAGAAGAUAUAUGCAGUGCCCACAUUUUCCUGAUGAGGCAGAGCGAUGCACAAGGUAAUUACAUAUGUUGUGCCAGCAGUUGUCUGAUGUCUGAAUUGGUCAGUCUUCUGGUUCAAGAGUAUCCUUGCUCCAACAUUCAGAGGUUGAAGGAAGGUCACCAAGGCCCAAUACCAUCUCAGAUUUCUUCAAAGAAGUUAAGAGAUUUAGGUUUAACUUUCAAGCAUGGCAUAGAAGAUAUAAUUCACCAAACAAUUGCUGCUUGUGUAGAUCAGUGCUUUCUGCCUCCAUUGAAAAACUAAGUGCCAUUGUUUUUGACAAAUCUCACUACCCUUAACUAAACUCUGCUAUGAUGACAUAGAAGGAAGACCUAAAAUUCAUUUAGUGCUUGGGACAUGUUUUCUUAGCAUUGUACUUAUCAAAGUUCAAACCACAUGUGUAUCAUGUUUAAUUUCAUAGAAAUGAAAGCGUGACUUGCGG